ACAUUUCUCAAAGAAAGAAGAAGAAAGAAGAUUUUGCUGGCAGCAGACUGCUAUAUUGAAAAAAAACAGUUUCUAUUCCAGUGUUUUGAUUCUUUCUAGGAUGUACCUGGCGCACAACGUAUAUAAAAUUUGUGUGUUAUAUAUACCAACAGACCAUUGACCAUGGGAACGGCACCUGAAGAGUCAAAGGCAGAUCAAAUAAAGCCACUCCGAAGAUCGCAGAGGCAAGCCUACCUCUAUCGCUCAGUACUGUUUUUUAUCACCGGCAGUCUUGCGGCCUUGUCCUUUUAUGCACUGAGUUCUUCCAAGCUAAGCGGGAAACUACGGCAACUGCACCACCUGCCCAACGCGUACUACCUACAGACGCGAGACGAGUUUGCACUGUACUCCGUGGAGGAGCUGAACGCCUUUAAGAAGUUCUACGAUAAGAGCAUCACCGAUAGCGUCGGCGAUAGUUACACGGAAGCGGAGCAGACGAACGUCAAAGAGGCGCUGGGGGCUCUUCGGCUGGCUCACGAAAUGUACCUGGCGGGAAAGGAUGAAAAGGCGGCGCGUUUGUUUAAACAUGCACUUGCUUUAGCCCCACGACACCCUGAAGUUCUGCUUCGCUAUGGCGAGUUCCUGGAGCACAACCAGCGCAAUAUUGUUCUGGCGGAUCAGUAUUACUUUCAGGCCCUGACUAUUAAUCCGACCAAUUUCGAAGCGCUUACCAACCGACAACGUACUGCUGACGUGGUGCAGAAUCUAGAUGAGCGCCGUUUGCAGUCGCUGGACUCCAAACGAGAUGCUCUUUCCGCCAUUCACGAAUCCAACGCCGCCCUGCGACGUGCUAAAAAGGAAGCCUAUUUUCAGCACAUUUAUCACUCAGUAGGCAUCGAGGGCAAUACUAUGACGCUGGCCCAAACGCGGUCUAUUCUGGAGACACGCAUGACUGCAGAGGGAAAAUCCAUCGACGAACACAAUGAGAUCUUGGGAAUGGAUCUAGCUAUGAAGUACAUCAAUGCUAGCCUGGUGCAAAAAAUAGAAAUCACUAUAAAGGACAUUCUUGAGCUGCAUCGUCGAGUUCUAGGGCAUGUAGACCCCCUUCAAGGAGGCGAGUUUCGGCGUAAUCAGGUGUACGUUGGGGGACAUAUACCACCCGUUCCAGGGGAGCUUUCUCUGUUCAUGCAUCGCUUUCAACGUUGGUUAAACUCCGAGAAAAGCAGCUCACUGCAUCCCGUUAACUAUGCGGCCAUCGCGCACUACAAGUUGGUUCAUAUUCACCCCUUUAUCGAUGGGAACGGACGGACCUCGCGCCUGCUAAUGAACACGCUUUUAAUGCGAGCAGGCUACCCGCCCGUUAUUAUUCCUAAGCAGGUCCGUAGCAAGUACUAUCACUUCCUAAAGUUGGCCAACGAGGGCGACAUUCGGCCCUUUGUGCGGUUCAUCGCUGAUUGCACAGAAAAGACGCUGGACCUAUACCUGUGGGCCACCAGCGAACUGCCUCAACAAAUACCUAUGCUCAUUCAGACAGAGAGUGAAGUUGGAGAGCGUCUGGCUCAAAUGCAGUCUCCUUACAUGAAACAAUUAUAUGAAUCCGGGUCUGGAUCCCACCCUUAACUCUGCUGGAUUCCUUGAUAUUAGCUAAUUCUUUUAUCUAAUAUUUAAACGUUCGUGCUUAUUUGUACAAAUUAGUGAAAAGCUUUAAUUUGCCUAUAUUAGUAGAUCAUUUUACUGAAACAAUAUUGACUUUAAACUGUGAUUAUAGUUAAGCUUAAAGACAACCAAAUGUACACUGUGCCUUAAGCACAAACCAAUUUAAAUCGGCUCCGCUUUCAUUCAGGAGGGCCACAGACCUUGUUUUUCUGCUGAUUCGAAAUCGCAAAUUAUUGAACCAGCAUAUUCCCAUAAAACUCAAUAAAGAUCAUUGACACUCA